AGGCUUGGAGCCCCAACCACCUCACUCUCUGCUCAGUUAAUAUAAGAUGGCAGCGUGCUGAGAGUACAGAUUGUUGUUGCUUUAAUUUAAUAAACAAUCAUUUUAAAGCACUGUUAUUAUAUAUGACUGUUUUAACAGCAAUCCUAGCUCAGACACCACAUCACUUUCCACAUAUAUGUCAUGAGCUCACUGAGCAUCAGGUUACCAGAUUCAUAUUGAAGUUGUUUUGGUGAAAGUUACUUCAAGUAAUGCAAAAGUAGUGUAAUACCUUACAUUUUAAAAUCAGUAAUAUUGUAAUGUAAUUAAUUACUUUAAAAUGAGGGUAACAAGUAAUAAAUAAUGCAUUACAGUUUUGAAGUAACUUGCCCAACGCUGGUAAUGUGCUGAAACGCUUCUUCAGGCACACAUACCACCAAUAGUGUUUUAUUCUGCUCCAGCAGGUGGCGAUAGUGCACCUUUACGCUGGGCACUGACCAGCAGAAGAAGCAGAAACCGAAAGUUGCUAGCAGAGCUAGCUUGUUGUUGUUCUGGUGUGUGAGGAGAAUAUUUGAGGCUCUGCAGUAAAAAUGUCUUCACUUCAGUCUCUGGGAGAGUUCAUCAGCUAAAGCGACUAACUGCUGCUGCUGCAGAAAUCUUCUCACCAGGCUGUGGAAACUUUCUUCUCCUCCUCAACAACUUGGUGGAGUUCUUUCCAGAACCGGAGAAGAUAUUCUGCGGUCUUCGUGACAAUCGGAGCUCCAGAAUCAGGUUGUGGAUUGAAGAGGUUCCCUCUAUCAGACUCGCUCAUCUGAGUUGGUCAUGAUGCAGGAUCGCUGCUCGCUCUCUGAAACAUCCUGCUCACACUCUCCGACGGAAACGCCCCGAAUCUGAAUGUGAAUCUGGAGGAAAAAGCGGUUAGCUCUACUCCGUGAACUCUGCUGUUAGCUAAACACGGCUAAAGAAAACCUGCUACCACUUCAGGAUCUGGGACUGAUUCAUCGUGUGUUCUUCACCACCUGGACCUGGACAGCAUGGACACAGUUCCUAUAAAAAUGGAAGAUGAAGAGAAGCCUCUGUUCUCACAACUUCAUCAGCAGCAAAUAGAAGACAGAGAUGUUCCAACCUGCUGCUCAGCUGACCAGAUUAAAGCAGAAACUGGUGGAGGAGAAGAAACUAGCAGGAACCCAGAUCUGAACCCUCAUGAACAAACAUCUGAUUCUUCAGAGACUGAAGUUAGUGGAGAUGAUGAUGAUGAUGAUGAUGGUGAUUAUGUGAAUCUAGACUCUGAACUGCCAAACUCAGGGUUUGAAAUUGGAGACAAAAACAAUGGCUGGAAUGAGAGCAGGUCUUUUCAGUCAGAAGUUAAGACAGUCAACAAAUCCUUUAGCUGCCCUGAGUGUGGUAAAUUAUUUCCCCAUAAGCGGUCUCUCCAGAAACAUGUGCGAGUGACAAGUCAUUCAGCAAUAUGCUCUUCAGGUUUUUUGAUUAAUAAUAAAAGUGUUAGAGUGAAGCAACAUCUAGACUCAGAUAGGAAAGUUCAGAAAGAUCUAAAAUCAUUUAGAUGUGACGACUGUGGAAAAAUAUUUAGUGUAAAAUCCCAAUUAAACAAACACAUGAGAGUGCACACAGGACAGAAACCUUUUGCCUGUGAGAUCUGUGGAAAAAGCUUUAGAUGGAAGGGAAAUUUAAGAGGACACAUGAAAGUCCACACAGGACAGAAACCUUUUGCCUGUGAGUUCUGUGGAAAAAUCUUUAGAUUGAAGAGAGAUUUAAACAAACACAUAAGAGUCCACACAGGACAGAAACCUUUUGUCUGUGAGCUCUGUGGAAAAAGAUUUAGCCGUAAGUCAACUUUAAAUGAUCACAUGAGCGUCCACACAGGAGAGAAGCCUUUUGCAUGUGAGCUCUGUGCACAAAGAUUUUGCCUGAAGUCAAGAUUGAACAUUCACUUGAAACGCCACACAGGACAGAAGCCUUUCGUCUGUGAGCUCUGUGGAAAAAGCUUUGGAUUGAAGGGAGAUUUAAACAAACACAAAAGAGCCCACACAGGACAGAAACCUUUUGUCUGUGAGCUUUGUGGGAAAAGAUUUAGCUUUAAGUCAACUUUAAACAGUCACAUGACAGUCCACACAGGACAGAAGCCUUUUGCUUGUGAGCUCUGUACACAAAGUUUUUGCCUGAAGUCAAGAUUGAACAUUCACUUGAAACGCCACACAGGACAGAAACCUUUUGUCUGCGAGCUCUGUGGAAAAAGAUUUAGCCGUAAGUCAACUUUAAAUGAUCACAUGAGCAUCCACACAGGAGAGAAGCCAUUUGCUUGUGAGCUCUGUGCACAAAGAUUUUGCCUGAAGUCAAGAUUGAACAUUCACUUGAAACGCCACACAGGAGAGAAGCCUUUUGUCUGUGAGCUCUGUGGAAAAAGCUUUAGAUUGAAGGGAGAUUUAAACAAACACUUAAGAGUCCACACAGAACAAAAGCCUUUUGUCUGUGAGCUUUGUGGGAAAAGAUUUAGCCGUAAGUCAACUUUAGACAGACACCUGAGAGUCCACACAGGAGAGAAGCCAUUUCCAUGUGAGCUCUGUGGUCAAAGAUUUAGCCUGAAGUCAACUUUAAACAGUCACAUGAGAGUCCACACAGGACAGAAGCCUUUUCCCUGUGAGCUCUGUGGAAAAAGAUUUAGCCAACUGACAAGUUUAAAUAAUCACAUUAGAGUCCACACAGGACAGAAGCCUUUUCCCUGUGAGCUCUGUGACCAAAUGUUUUCCCAAAAGACAAGUUUAACCAGACACAUGGGAGACCACACAAGGUCACAAGGAACAAAUGUAAUAACACAAGUCUAAAAAUGAUUGUAGUUUGUACAUCCUAUUUCCAUGUGUUGCACCCCAAGUUGUCCUAGAUCAGAGUUUCUUCCAGCCCAUGAGCCACCUCUCCCUGUCCUGCAAGCCACAUUUUGUGGCCACUAAGCUGUAAUUAUUUCACUAAAUCUCUGUUUCCAUUGUGAUGCAGCACAGUAUCGUUACACAAUGAUGAGCAGCUAGAUCAGAGUUUUGGAGCGUUGCAGUAGAGAGUAGCAUGGUGUGUCUACUCUGCUUUUAAAUAGUUUGUGUAGUGUACAAAUAAUUGUCUUUUACCAGUGGUUUGCACUUUGUGAGUUGCAAAAAUAUAACUACAGAUCUCUUCAGGUGUUCAUCCAGUGUUCCAGGAUUGGGCCCUGCUAGUGUGAUCAGAUGACAGUCCAACAUUUCCAUUACUUUUCACACAUUCUGCAAAUUUAGACGGUUUCCUGUUGUUUACAGACGUGGGUCUUGUGUUUGAGCCUAGCAUUUAGAAACUAUGAUUGUGAAGCAAAAGAAGUGAGGGCUGUCAAUCAAACAAAAGUGAAGAACACUGUCUGUCUUUCUGAUGAAAUCAGGAUUAAUUCCUUCUAAAAAAAUGGUGUUAGGAGUAGGCUUGGGCAGGAUUACCGAAUUACCGUAUACGGCCAGUGUUAAAAAAUAGCAACAGUGUUAGUUCCAAUACUUUCAUGAAAAAAAUGAUGCACGUAGGAGACGAGGAUUAAAAUAAUAAAAAAUUAAAAGUAACCUAAUGUAUAAAACGGAAGCAUGGUUCAAUUGUCAGUUUUACUCAAAUAGUUCAAAUUAGGGAUGAGCGAGUACGCCUGUAUCUGUAUCUGUUCAACCAUCUAAAUUAUCUUUAUCUUUACUCGGAGUGGGCGUGGCCUAAGAUCGAAGUGGGUGUGGUUUACAUCAAUACAUUAUUUUAAGUCUGAAAUUGAUAUGAAUUGAUCAGAAGUUGCUAUGUGUAAUGUUUAUUUGAAAACUAUUUACAGAGCAGCCUCAAGAGUUGAGAUUAAAUGUUUUUGAUCACAAUAGUAAAUGAACUAUUACAGAACAAGUUUUUCAAUAAAAUCAGAACAUUAAUAUUCAAGUGCAUGAAUUAAUACAUAGACAGAGAGAGAGAGAGAGAGAGGGAGGACAAGAUCUUUUCUAUAAUCACGAGGUGCUUCACAAUAACAAAAAAUGUCAAAAUAUAAAAAAGAAUUUAGAAAAUGAUUCAAAUAUAUUUAAAAUGAGCAAAAAUUAGACAAUUGUGAGUAAAAAAUGUAAAGAAUGAGAGAGAGUGAAAAGGAAAGUGGGAAAUCAGCGGAUCCUGAGGAAGAGGAGAGAAAGAGGAAAAAAAAAAACGAGCCAAGCCUAUUUCAUAUAGCUCCGCUCUAUAAGCCAUCACCCGGUUUUACCCAGCGGUCAGCCCGGCGUAUCUCUGACUCAGAAGCUCUGGUGUUGUGCACAGUUAUCUCCGGUUGUAGCUAGGUUGCUACCUCCGUUAGCUUAGCUCCCACCUCCGCGUUAGCUUUGGGUUAGCUUCAGGUUAGCUUGUAGCUAGUUCGACCGGGUUUCGUCAGUUGAUCCCAGCCUUACAGCCCCACCCUCUGCUCCACCUCUUUUCCCUUUUGUGGAAUUGUCUGGGCUUGACGGAACCUGUGAUACGGUCAAAAUGGCGGUGGUGGCCACCUCCCAUUUUGGCACAGAAACGUGUUAUUGGAGCCUAUGGAAAUGAAUUGUCCAGUAUAUAUGUCGAUGGUCGCCACUAGCCCUAAAGUAACAGUGUGUCUGUGCCACAAGCUCAUUGAAACGGGGUUUCAGCAGUCUGUCCUCAACAUCCUAUGUUGUUGCCAGAAAAGGUUACCAUGCUGGUUUUUCAGGUGAAAAGUCUUUUUAUAACCUGUGUUUUUAUUAGUUAAUAUGUGUGUUAUUAUUUUAGUAAUAGUGUUUGUUAUUCCGUUUUUGAAUGGUGUAGCGUCCAGAAAUGGUCAGUUUUUCAUGUACAGUUUGACCUCUUCAGUAUCCGAUCAUGGGGAGACACAAGUCUACAUCUAGUGCCUUUAAUCUGCUGGAUUCUGCUAUUCUAUCAGCUGAAGUCCAGGCCUCUGCAGGUUUGCACAGGAUAACAUACUGUCAACAAAACAUAAGUAAAGGUAAUAUAUUAAGCUUAAAACCAACAUCCCUCUUACAACGGUAAAGGUCCAAACCAACAAUUUGGUAGUUCCACUUGUUGCUUACGUCAUCAUUUUUACAUUAGUCCCGGUGAUACUUGGCUGUGAUUUGGCUGCUAAUAUAAUUCUGACACUUCCUCUGCUUUAAGGCUACUUACAACAGCCUGGAGUCACUCAGUGUUUCCCUUACAUAGGCGUAGCCGUGGCGGCCCGCCACGGCUGAAAUCCCAGCACCACGCCUACAAGAUCCCAAGUUUUAUUGAUGUUUUUUUCUUACACCGUUUCCCAAAGAAGCAGCGGGAACUACUCUUUUGUUGCUCGUGAUCACAGCCGGCAGGCAGCAAGGAGGAGGAGGCAGGGUAGGGUGGUUACCGCUAGGGAUGAGCCGGGUACUCAUUUCAGGCGCGUAUCCGGUACGGAUAAAGCAUUUUUGACGAAUACGAGCAUGAAACGAGUAAAACUCGUAAAUAUCUGUAAUCGUGCUGAAGGAAAAUCCUCAUUGGGUAACUGACUGUCUUCACGCUCUGUGAUUGGCCAGUCACAUAGAGCGCCCGCCCCUCCCUACACACAGAACUGCAGCCGGGAGCUCAGUUCGCGUCCGGCCCAUCCACGCACACACACACAGACAGGAACGGAUCUCUCUGUGCUUGCUUCACUGUUGCUCACGUUUCUUCAGUACUCCCUAGGUUUUCUUCAGCUCGCCUCUUUUUCGGUUUAAUAUUUAAAGUUACUUUUUUCGUAACGUACGUGGUGCAUUUGACAAGACAGAGCUGAAAGCGGCUCGUGCAUGCGUCGGUCACUGCUUCCACUCCGGUCUGUUUUUUUUUUUAUUAUUAUUAUUAUUUUAACUCU